ACUCAGCUGUUGCUUUGUUUUGUUGCGACAUAAUAAUUUUAUUUUUUUCAAUUUUGCAUUGCUUUUUGUGAAAUGUGCGUUGUUUAAAUAUAUUCAGUGAAAUUUAAACAGAAUGUCGACACCGCUGGAACAACAGACAGAUGAGCGCGAAGCCCUGCAGUCCAUUUACGAAGGCGAUGAAAAUUUCAAGGAAAUUGACCUGACCACAUUUCAAUAUAAAUAUGGCGAAGAGGACAACUAUAAAUCAUUUCUGGUGGAGCUGAAAUGGGGCGAAAACUAUCCCGACGAGGCGCCCACGAUCAAUAUGAACACUUUCUACAAUCGCAAUCUCUUACCCGCAGUCAAGGAGGAAAUACAAACGGCGCUCAGUACAGAGGCCUCACAAUGGUUGGGCUGCGGCAUGACGUACACCCUCUUCGAAUGUAUUAAAGACAACAUUGAGCAACUGACUGCCGCACAGCCGGAAUGUGCGCCCACUGCGGCAGCUGUGGAGGAUGGUGUUGGUGCAAUUAAGAUAUCGGAUACCCAAGCGGAUGCUAAGCUAAAGGAGCCGAAGAAGGAACAGCUAACAAAGUCGCAAAAGCGACGCCAAUGGGAGCGCACCGAUCACAAGGGCGACCGUGUACGUGGCUGGGAUUGGGUGGACAUUGUCAAGCAUUUAUCGCAAACGGGCAGCAAAGAGGACGCUGCAGCGGCCAUGGAAAGUGCAGCGGCAGCAGCAGCAGCCAACCCAGUGCUGCAUCCACUUAACAUUUAACAACGACGCCUGCCAAAUCAACUAGUUAACUAAUUACAAUAUCAAAAUCUGGCACUCUAACGAAUUCAAUCAAAAAGUCAAAUGUGAUCUGCGCUCAUGUGUUCUCCAUUAAAGCCGAUCAAUUUACGCA